AGCACUUCAAGCAGCUGCAGUAUGAAGGUCAUCGCCGCAGUUCUGCUCUCUCCGCUGCUGAUUGCAGGCUGCGAGGCGUAUGUUGGUGCCUUCUCCCACCAGCUGUUGCUGCGUCCAAUCGCUCCACUGAGCCGCUCGUCCGGAGCAAGGUUCCAUGCUGGAGCUUCCCAGCCUCGAUCGCUCUCCAGCAGGAGACUCCGGAUGUCUGCGACAGAGGGCACGGGGACGAUCUUGAAGCUUGACACGGACCUGACGGGGGCAUGGUCCAAGGAGGGUCAGAGGAGUAAGGACUGGUUCGACCAGCAGGAGGCGGAGAGGCAGAGCAAAGUGCAGAGUGUACGCGCUUCGCAGAUCCUUGUGAGCACGAUGGAGAUGGGGAAUGCGAUCUUGGAGCAGUUCAGGAACGGCGCAGACUUUGAGGAGCUGGCGAAGCAGAUCUCAGCCUGCGAGAGCACGAGGAAGGAGGGAGGAAACAUCGGGUGGAUGAAUGCACAGGAUGAUUUCUUGGAUGAGGUUGUUCCGAAA